AUGAUUCGUGGGUAUUGGAAACUCUGUGACAAACAUUCAGAGUCAUCUCGGCUGGAGAGUAUAAUGCAGAAGACGAGUACCUAUGCUAGUUGCGAAGAUCCGCGAAUGCUGGGUACACACAUCCAGGACUUUGAUCGGGAGGGCUCGAAGUUUCAAUACUGCGCCGAGAGGGAAGUUAAGAAGGGGGAAGAGGUUUGUCUCAGUUACAUUGAAGUACCAUCGCGAUCAAAGAUGAAAAGACGACACGCCCUUGCGAGAUGGCUCUCCGGUGAUUGUAGGUGCAAGAGAUGUUUGGCUGAAUAG